GCUGUAUCUACAUAUUGUCUGUCCGACUGGAGCUUUUGUGAUCACCACAUGGGCAACACAAACACUGUGCUAUCACAAUGAACGAAGAGCCGAGCGUUCCGUCGACAGACCCUCCUCCUUACUUGCAAGAGGUGAUCCCCGAGGGCUUUGUUAACCUAGCUUACACCCAGGAUGAGAAACCUCAGGAAGACAAACCAGAGGAGCCACCGAAGGAGUCCUCUGGGAAAUCAAAGGGCAAAGGCAAAAAGGAAAAAAAGUCCAAAAAGAAGAAAGAGCCAGUGAAAACGGUUGGGUUUUUUCAGCUGUUUCGUUAUGCCACCUGCCUGGAGGUUCUGCUUAUGCUGAUUGGCCUGCUGUGUGCAGGUGCACAUGGCGUUGCCUUGCCUCUCAUGUGCGUGGUUUUCGGAGAAAUGACUGACAGCUUUGUGUUGAGUGGGCAUACCGCUAAUCUGACAGACAACUUCACCUUCACCCUCACGAACUCUUCAACGUGUUUGGCUGGUUCUCCUGAAAUAGGCAUCGAAGCCAAAAUGACAGAACACGCUUAUUACUUCGUUGCGAUCGGGGCUGCGGUCCUGCUCCUGGGGACCUUCCAGGUCAUGCUUUUCCUGCUAACUGCUGCGAAGCAAACGAAGAGGAUCCGGGAGAAGUACUUUCAUGCCAUCCUCCACCAGCAGAUGUCAUGGUUUGACACGCAUCAGAUCGGAGAGCUGAACAUAAGACUUACUGAUGAUAUAAACACAAUCAACGAUGGCCUCGGGGACAAAAUCUGUGUGUUUGUCCAGUUCUUCUGCACAUUUAUUGCUGGUUUCAUCAUUGGGUUUAUCUACGGCUGGAAGCUGACGCUGGUCAUUCUUGCUGUCAGUCCUCUGCUGGCAGGUUCAGCAGCUGUUUGGUCUAUAAUUCUUGCUACUCUGACCAGUAAGGAGCUUUCAGCAUAUGCUAAAGCAGGAGCGGUAGCUGAAGAGAUUCUAGUCGCUAUCAGGACUGUUGUGGCAUUUAAUGGACAGAAAAAAGCAGUGGAAAAGUAUGAGAAGAACUUGAUAGAAGCAAAGAAUUUUGGGAUAAAGAAAGCCAUUACCACUAAUGUGUCCAUGGGUUUGACACAGUUCAUUAUAUUUGGCACUUACGCACUGGCGUUUUGGUAUGGGACAAAACUCUCUGUGGACGAGCCAGAGAAUUACUCAAUUGGAAAGGUCCUCACUGUUUUCUUCUCUGUGAUGAUUGGCUCCUUCUCUUUGGGUCAGGGAGCUCCAAACCUGGAGAGCAUCGCUAAGGCCCGGGGUGCUGCUUAUGAGGUCUACAAAACAAUUGACAUGCCUCGUCCCAUUGACAGCAGUUCAAAUGAAGGUCACAAACCAGAUCAUGUGAAAGGAGAUAUUGAAUUCAAGAACAUCCACUUCAGCUAUCCCUCCAGAAAAGAUGUGAAGAUUCUGCAGGGAAUGAGUCUGAAAAUCCCUCAUGGAAAGACCAUUGCAUUGGUUGGAGCCAGUGGCUGUGGGAAAAGCACAACAAUUCAGCUUCUGCAGCGCUUCUAUGACCCUGGUUCAGGAGAGGUGACUCUGGAUGGUCAUGAUAUCCGCUCUCUGAAUGUGUGCUGGCUGAGGGAGAACAUGGGUAUCGUGAGUCAGGAGCCUGUUCUUUUUGGAACCACCAUCGCUGAGAACAUACGCUACGGCCGUGAAGACGCCACUGAUGAAGACAUUGAACGAGCCAUUAAAGAGGCCAAUGCCUACGAUUUCAUUUCCAAACUACCAGAUAAGCUGAACACUAUGGUUGGAGAGAGAGGGGCUCAGCUGAGCGGAGGCCAAAAACAGAGGAUCGCUAUUGCUCGAGCUCUCGUCAAAAACCCCAAAAUCCUCCUGCUGGAUGAGGCCACAUCAGCCCUGGACACACAGAGCGAGUCCAUCGUUCAGGCAGCUUUGGACAAGGCCAGAGCAGGACGUACUACCAUUGUGAUUGCACACCGCCUGUCAACUAUUCGUUCGGCAGAUAUAAUUGCUGGCUUCAGUGAAGGCAAAGUGGUGGAACAGGGAACUCACAGAGAACUCAUGGCCAAGAAAGGAGUGUAUUAUUCUCUCGUAAUGCAACAGACCUCUGGGAGACCAAAUGAUGAUGAUCUUGAUGCCAAUGAAGAUGAUACUCAGGAUGAUUCUGAGGGAGAAACCGGUGAGGAAUCUUCUGAAACAGAAACUCCUGAGGGAGUAAUGGAAAUGCAAAUGGAGAGCGGAACCUUUAGACGAAGCUUAAGACGUGGCAGUGAGAGACGUUCCUCCAGAAAGAAGUCCUCAAAGAAGAAGAGCAAGAAAUCCAAAAAAGACAAAAAGGAAAAAGAAAAAGCUCCAGAAAUACCUUUCACUAAAAUUCUGGCUCUGAACAAGCCAGAAUGGCCGUACCUGCUGGUGGGCACGCUGGCCAGCCUUGUGGGUGGAGCUGUUUAUCCCUGUGUGGCCAUUCUGUUUGCCAAAAUCAUUGGAGUGUUUGCAGAGGUUGACCCUGAUGUAAAGCGACAGAAGACCAUGAUGUUCUCACUUUUCUUUCUACUAACGGGAGCAGUGGCCUUUGUCACAUAUUUCUUCCAGGGCUUCAUGUUUGGUAAAUCUGGGGAGCUGCUAACCAUGAGGUUGAGAUGUCAGGCUUUCAAUGCCAUGAUCAGACAGGAGAUUGCUUGGUUUGAUGACAACAACAAUGCAGUGGGAGUCCUGACCACUAAAUUAGCCACAGAUGCGUCUCUGGUUAAAGGGGCAGCAGGAUCCAGAUUAGGUCUAGCCACAAACACUAUCUGUGCUCUUGGCAUCGCUGUCAUUGUGGCCUUCAUCCAUAGCUGGCAGCUCACCUUGCUUAUCCUUGCCUGUGUCCCCUUCCUCACGGCGGCUAAUUUCAUCCAGAUGAGAGCCAUGUCAGGACAUGCAUCCAAAGAUCAGAGUGCACUGGAGAUGUCUGGCAAGAUAUCCACAGAAACAGUUGAGAACUUCAGAACGGUUGUUUCAUUAACCCGCGAAGACGUCUUCUUCCACAAGUUUAUUGACAGCCUGAGCAAGCCAUACCAAUCUAGUUUGUGUAAAGCACCCAUCUACGGAAUCACCUUUGCUCUAGCCCAAGCCAUUCCUUACCUGGUCAAUGCCGCAAUCUUCCGCUUCGGAGCCUGGCUUAUUGCACGCUGCUACACAGAAUAUGAAAAUGUUUUCCUGGUGUUUUCUGUGAUCGUCUUUGCUGCAAUGAACAUUGGUCAGUCCUCAUCAUUCGCCCCUGACUUUGCCAAAGCCAAAGUCGCAGCGGGGAGGAUCUUACUGCUGCUAGAAAAGAAGCCAAACAUCGAUAUCUAUGACGAGUCUGGACAACGACCAACAAACUUUUCAGGGAAUAUUGAAUUCCGAGAUGUGCAAUUCUCCUAUCCAACCCGUCAG